AUCAUGAGAUUGAGAGUGUGUGUAUAAGAUAAAUCUUUUGGCCUUCUUAGGCAAUUUGUAAUGCAUUCUGAUUUUACAUUAAAAGAAUACAAAAAUAAUUUAUAGCUUCAUGCACAUCAAUAUUACGAAAUGCAUAAAGACUUGAGUAUUUCUUUUUCAUCCAAAAUAUAUUUCAAAGUGAAUUGAACUUGUGGUGUAUAAAGGAGUUUAUUAAAAUGAUUUGAUUGUUCUUAUAGAAAAGAAAAUCAGUUUCGAGCAAAGCCCAAUUCAUAAUAUUUUCCAUAGAAUUUAGGCCAAGUUUGUGUUUUUGGGUCAAACUAAUUCCGAUUUCAAUCCAGACAUUCCCCCAGCGCUGCGUUUUAUUCUCAGCACGCAUUUCUCUGUUUUCGCUUGGAAAUGUACUGCGUAGCAUUGCACAUAGACUGUUUGAUAAAAUCACCCAGCGAAUCGAGUUUGAGCUGAGUAGACUCCGCACCUGAAAACUCGAAACAGUGCAACGGUUAGCAUCAAGAAUCACCGUAACCGCGAAAGUUUCCUCGUCACUAAGAACUAUCAUCCUGAAAGAAACACCAUCUUCUUCUUCUUCUUGGCUUUCAAUUCGCUGCUUCUCUGCCUUCUCUUCGCAGCAACGUGUCAAAAACCCGGAAAAAGAAGCAAUCCCAGGAGAUUUAUUGAAAUGGGGUUCACUCGGUUUUUGCAGGACUUCGAGAUUUGCAUCUGGGUUCAAGCCUUUAGAACCCAAGCCGUUGGAUUCCAUCAUGGAUUUGAACCGAGCAAAAAACCGUUCACCUGAGGACCUUGCUUCUAUUUGGGAUGAUGUAAAAUAUACCCAAUUACUGAACUUUUCUUUCCCUCUUCAUUUUCAUGUUGUUAAUAUGAAAGAACAAAUUGAUUAAGCAAAUUUUUUAUGUUCAGUAUCACUUGGGAAGAGGUCAUAUUGGGUUGACCAUGAAGGCAAAACUUUACCGUUUAUAGGAACAAAGAGGCUCAGAUUGGUAAUCCAUUUGAUUCCAUUGUUUAUGUUGUUACAUACACGUUGUUGGGUUUCAUAAUUCUUGCUAGUCUCACUUCUGUCUUAGCAGCCGGUAUUUUGUCAUUCCUUUGUGGAGAGGAAGUGGUUAUACAACAAUGUUUGCUCAAGUGCAAUUGCCAUACUUGCUUUUCACUGGUCUUGAAGAUUAUAAAGCAAGAGGAACUCAAGCAUCUCCUUACUUCACUGCAUCCUUUUACACAGAAUUUGCAGAAAGCAAGGACUUGGUACUUAUUCGUGGAGAUAUUGUUUUCACCAGCAAGCUUACUGAUGAGGAAGCAAAGUGGCUCUUGGAAAUCACUCAAUCUUUUUAUCUUAAUGAUGUUUCAGAUGCGGAUGAUAUUGAUAGGUUGAUAUCUUGCCUUUUCAUGGCUCUUCCUUUUUUUGUGCGGGGUGCAUCUGGCAGCAAGUUCCUCUACUACUUGAACAAGCACAUUAUACCUGUUUUUGAUGAGCUCCAGGAGGAACGAAAGCUAGAUUUGCUCAAAGCUUUAGCAGAAAUUUUGCCUUACACAACACCACAGGAUUCACGUCAGAUUCUCCCUUCUAUUGUUCAGCUUUUAAAGUACAUGCUUAGGAGGAAGACGGGGGAAGAAACAAACUUUACCUAUGUUGAAUGCUUGCUAUUUGUCUUUCAUCAUUUUUCUCACAAGGCUCCCAAUGCCACAAAUAGUCUAUGGGGUUACUAGAUUGUGACUGGUCAACCAUCAGAUAGGCUUGGGGAAGACUUCUCAGAGUAUUAUAAGGACUUCACUGAAAGAUAAAUUGGCCUCUCUUCUCCCUUAUGCUAUACUUUAAAAAAAAAGAAAAGAAAACUACGUUUUUCUUCUUCCUUAACUUUUUUCUAUGUUUAUAUACCAAUCCUAAUUUAUUUAUUUGAGUAUGUACAGACCGAUAAAUUGAUCUUGUUGAAGACAUUCUUUGUUUUCUUUUUAUCUUGAAAUAUCCUGCUGUGGGUGUGAACAAAAAUUGAGCAAAAGGAACUUCUAUCAAUGAAAUCUGUUGUGAGCUAUUUAGCUAACACUAUUCACUAGAUGAAAUAGAUUAGACAGGCAUUGCCAAUAACCUGUUUCUUCCCUACUCCCAUUUUGUUCCCAGUUUUGAACAAGUCCUUAAAACCACUAUUAUGUUGAAUCAAAGAAUUGUUUGAUAUAUUAUUGUAUGAAUCCUAUUUUUGAAGAAAAAACAAAAAGAUCUACCGAACAAAGUUGUACAAUUUGUUGAGGAACAAGCAACUGCUUAAUGGUUGCCUAAGUUAUGAUUGUAAUCCAUUGUUUAACUUCAACGUAGAGGUCCAGGUUGGCUGUGAGCCAACUUCACAUAUAAGCCUAGGCCCUAGGGUGCUCCAAUGGAAAGGAAAAUUUGAAAUGUCCUUAGACCUUUCAUCCUCAGUUGCAUUGUUGUCAGUACUGUUCUAAAUGCUUCUUUUAUAUUGUCCAUACUAACUUUCUAGUGAAUGUUGGUCAUGAUUGAGUAGUGUUGAAGACUUAACUAGGGUCACCGUGAAGAAAUUAACUCUAGGAAUGGCUGAGAACAACAAAGCUAUGGCAGCAGCUAAAUCUGAUGAAGCAAAAGAUAGCAUCGUGAGUUUGUUCUUAAAACAUAUAGUUUGUUUUCAUUUUUUCUUAUUGACUUUGCUCUUCGUUUUCUGAUCGUAGAAAACUCAAAAGCAGAAUACCACAACUAGUUUGCAGAUCUGCAAUAACAUUUUAGCUAUGACAAGGGUAGAUAGGAGUGAAAAUUGUCUUCUAUGUCUUGCAUGUGCCAUGUAGGCCUAAACUCUUCAACAUCUUAUCUUUUAUUAUUUUUACCCAUUCAGCCCUUGCAUUAAAAAAGGACAGCAUUUAUUGGAGAUAAGAGUGUCAAUCUUUCCUGGAAAGAAGCUAUAAAACCUUCUGCACCCUCCACUGUAAAUCCAACUGGCUAAUGGAUCCAAUAAUUUGGUGACAAAGAAGGGUCGUGGAGCUGGUGGCAUGCAAAAUCAGCUUGUUAAUAGAGCACUGGACGGUAUAUCUUUAGGUGGGAGGGGUGGUAGAAGAGGAAGAGGCUACCUGUAGUUUGAUGCAUUAAACAGAGUUCAAUGAUGGCUAAAUUUGUAGAAUCUUUUUGUAUCUGAAGAAUACGAAGAGGAGCUAUGGAUGUGUUAAAACUUUCUUUCAGAACAAUUUUUGUUUGAUACUGGAUGCCAACGAGUGUGUAGAUUCAUUGUGGACUAACAACGGCCAUUGUAGACCUGAGAUUGAUUUAGAGUUAAUUUCUUAAGGUGAAUUAGUCAGACCUGA